AUGAUGGCCGCGCGGCCCUUUACCUCCAUAGUCCCUAGCAGCUCAGCGCAAGUCGCGGCGGUAGUCGCGCUGGUUCUCGCGCUGUCCGCGGCGUGUUCGCGGCCCGUCGCGGCGUCGUUCUGCGCCGACUACGUGAAGGCCUUCAAAUCGCCCGACCUCGCAUCCGUGGAUGACAUCGUCCUCACCGCGUACACGGGCCGGUGGUACGAGAUCGGGUCGACUGCGAGUUUCCGGUUCACGUUCGAGCUAGGGCUGACGUGCACCACGGCCAACUACACAGCCAAGGGUGUCACGCCCAGCGGCCGCAACAAAGUCAAGGUGGUCAACCGCGGCAUGCGCAGCGUUGCUCUCCCGCGUCGCUCGCAGAUCUUUACCACCUCGUUAAACGCCAACCGCAUCGCCAGAAAUCUCAGGAUUGUCUGUGGAGUCACCAAUACCGCCACCACAGCAAGCGCUCAAGCACAGACCCUCCUCUCUUCAAACACCGCCACGAACAGCAGCGUUGAAUCCCUCGCUGCGGCCGAUAAACUCGCCGCAUUCGCUACAUCGGUGUCGUCUGACGCCGAGAUGAUCAACAACGCACUGAGGGAUUUUCAGACGGAGGCCGAUAAGCUGAAUAAACGCGGGCAGGCCAAGGGGUUUAGCGCCUCAAGAAGCAAGAUGCUCAAAUCCAUCUCCAACAUCCAGGGCGCGGCGGGUCGAAUCCUUCAAGCGGCGUUUACAGGGAAGACUGCGGCGCAGGGGUUGUCUAGAGCGCUGAGAGCCAUGGGUGGGCAGGGUGAAGAGACCGCUGCAAACGGGCUGGGGUCGCUGGUGGGAAACACGAGGAUAAUGUUUGCUGCCACCAGCAUUGUGCGGCUCGCCACAGUCAUGGUCGCUCCCACGGUUGCCAUGGUGCCGUCGCCUCUCAGAAGCCUUUCACAAGGCUUUGUUCGUGGCAAGGCCUUGCAAAGCAAGAAGAAUGCGGGCCGGCUCUCUGUGACAUUCUUUGGCCCGGCGCCAUCAAAGCCCAACUACUUGGUGUUUAACGUGCAAGGAGAUCCAUCGGCGGGGCAGUACACACAAGCAACUGUGGUUGAUACAAGUGGAGGCGAGGCCACAAUCUGGCUUCUGUCUCGCACACCUACAAUCCCGCAGUCGGAGAUAGAUGCUGCAUUGGCGCGUGUUACUGAUGCUGGAGUACGGCUAACUGGUGCCAACGCAUUCUUACUCACUGACCAGAGUACAAGUUGGCUGGCGCAAGUUACGGCGGCUGUUACGCUGCUCCUCGCGCUUUCUGCGCUAUCACCCGCCUCCGCGUCGUUCUGCGCCGACUAUCUUGAUGCCUUCAAAUGCCCCAAGCUCGCGUCCUUCGACACCGUUGACAUCUCGGCUUACACGGGUCGGUGGUACGAGGUGGCGUUGACGGCGCGGUUCCACUACGAGAGGGAGGUGGGGCUCGCGUGCACCACGGCGGAUUACACGCCCAACGGGCAGGUCAACGGGCAGAAGCGAAUCAAGGUGCUCAAUCGUGGCAAGCGCAGCAUUGCCUUCGCGCGGCAAGCACAGGUUCUACUGUCCUCGACGAACGCCGGCCGCAUAGCCACCAACCUCGGAAUUGUCUGCCGAGUCGCAUACAACGCAGCCAAAGCGAGCGUGCAGGUGCAGGCCCUCCUCACCGCCAACGCCUCUGCGGACGCCGCCACAACCAGUGUCGGCACAACCUCAGGCCCGCUCGCGGCAGCCAAUGAGCUUGCAGCAUCUCUCGCCUCGGUGUCGUCCGACGCGGAAAUUAUUGACAACGCCGCAAGGGAUUUCCAGACGGCGAUGAGUGCGAUGAAUGAGCGGCCGAAUCCCAAGGAAUACAGCGGCGCCAAGGGCAAGAUGCUCAAGUCCAUCUCCAACAUCCAGGGCGCUGCUGGGCGGAUCUUCCAGGCGGGGUUUACUGGGAGGACCGCAGCGAAGCAGCUCAGCGGAGUGGUGCAGUCCUUGGGCGGACAGGAUGCCAAGACUGCUGCCAAUGGGCUUCAGUCAUUUGUGCGAAACACGAGGCUGCUAUUCGCAUCCAGCAGCAUAAGCAGGCUCGCCACCGCCAUGGUUCCCGUUGUGCUCUCCAUGGUGCCCUCCCCCUUCUCCCGCGUGGGUCAGGGCGGCUUUCCACGCGCCAAAGCCAUCCAGAGCAAGACCAAUGCUGGCAAACUGUUCGUGAUAUUCUAUGGUAAGAAGUCAAAAGAGCCCAACUACAUUAUCACUGACUUGCAAGGAGACGCGUCCAGUGGCUACAGCCUUGCCACCGUUUAUACCUGCUAUCAGGGCAAGACAACGGUUUGGCUUCUGUCUCGCACCCCCAAUGUGGCGCAAUCCGAUAUAGAUGCUGCUUUGGGCCGCGCGCUAGCUCAAGAUGUGUCGCCCAGCGAUGGCUCCGACGACGUACCCUUCUGCGAGAAAUUCGUUGAGGAUUCAUCCACAAAGUGCCCAAACGUCGAGACCGUGCCGAACUUCAACAUGGGCAAGUUCAUGGUAAGCACCGCCCGUCAACCAUCAGCCACACGUCAAUCCUCUCGUACCACGGGAUCUCUCAACUCCCCUCUUCCUCCCUUUCGGUAUUCCGCUGCCCCCGUUGCCGAGCAGGGAAAGUGGUACGAGAUUGGUGCGACGGCGCUGGGCAAGUUCCAGAGCAAGGGCGAGCUGGGUAUCGCGUCCAUAACCUACACCUACAGCACCGCUAAGAAGGGAAAGUCCCGCGGCGCUCUCAGCUUGACGCGCCAGGGCGUGGUGGCGGUGAUGCCGAUGCGCCGCAGCCAGGUCGCCGCGAUCUCCGCCGCCACCACCGUUCUCGAGCAGCAGCUGCGCGCCGUGUGCGGCACGGUGUCGUCGGUGCGCACGAAGCAGCAGCUGAGCACGUCGUACCUCACGCUCGGUUCCGAAGAGCUCCCGGUCGACGUGAAGCAGUCCGUGUCGUACGGCCUCGGGAGUAUCGAAAGCGCGGUGGCUGACGUGUCGCGGCGCGCAGAGACGCUCUGGGCGGAGCUGGACGACGUGCAGCGCGCUAACGCGCAGUUGAACCAGCGCGACUCCUUCGCGCUGGUGACGCGGAUGAAGAGCGCGUUGCGGAGCGCGUCAAGCGCGAUUCAGGGGGCGGCGAAGGGGAUCGAUGCGAAGCGGAACGAGAUGUUUUCUAUCGCUGCCAUGAAUCGCGUAAUUGUAGGCGGUGUGGCUGCAGCGCAGGGCAGCGCCAAGGGGAAGGAAGCAAUCUCCCUGGCUAUGGCGAACGUGAUGACGGAGUGUCAAAACGGCAGCACCUUCUCGCAGCGCGUGGCGGCGCUGGCCUCCGCCACGCGUUCUCUGUCGCCCCUCGUGUCGAGCCUCUUCAGCAGCCCCAGCCCUGCGAUCUACACCACACGUACCACCGCCACCGCCACUCUCAAACUCACCUCCGAGGCUGGGAAGAUGAUCCAGCAGUAUCAGGGCGUGCAGACAGACCACUGGGUGAUAGGUCUGUGGGGCAAUUCUGCAAAGGGGUACUCACAUGCACUUGUGUACUCGUGCUACCAGUCCACGCCAGGCUUGUCAUCAGAUCAAGAUGGUCAGAUCACUAGGAACGUGAAGGUAGCCGUGGCGGUGGACGGCAGCGACAACAGCAUGCACGCGCUUCGGGAGGCGGUGCGGCUCUUCGCGCGCACGGCUAAGGAGUUCCACAUCAUGCACGCGCACAAGCCGCCUAAUGAGUUCCGCACGGACUCACUGUUCUCAUGGCAGGAGUACCACCAGCGCAUGGAGCACGAGCGGCACGCCAAGGCCCAGCAGCUGCUGCAGAAGUGUGCUGCGGUGGUGAAGGAAGAGGGCAGGAAGCGGGGAAUGGACGAGGGUGUGGCGGUGAGUGGCGUGGAUCUCAAGGGCGACCCUCGGGAUGUGCUGGCCAGUCACGUGCAGAGCGUUGACGCGGAUCUCAUGGUCAUGGGGACGCGUGGCAUGAGCCUGCUCAAACGGUGA